UUUAUGUAUAUAGUCCCGUCAACGCAGUGGGGCUGUGAAGGUCGCCGGGCCAAUGCGUCCUGUGUGUGACCGCUGAGCAUGCAGGGCUUUGAUUUUCUGCACACAUAUGGGUGGAAAAGUUCUCCAUAUGGCGGCUGUUAAAAUAAGACGGUAGUUGUAUUAGCGUGGUGUUAGCUGUAGAAUGCAGUAAAGGCUUUCUGGCUCGUUAUGUACCGUGAAGGGGACCGCCGCCUUAUCACUUUCUUGGCUGUAUACUCUACCGUUACAUCGUGGGAGCAUGCGCGGUCCUUUGGUCAUGUUUCGCAAACUACAUUGAGAGCCGCAACGACCACAGUGCCUCCCGUCUUAUCCUGCGGUCCAGACAGUGUUCCCUACGCAGGAGAAUGCCUUCAUAUAUUCCAUCGUCCCUCCAAGUGGCUGGAUGCCGACGCGGUCUGCCAGCAUCUGAACGGCGCUCGUUUAGUCACCAUCGUCGAUCAGGCCAUGAAUGAUUUCUUAGCAGGAAUAAUCAGAGAUGACGUAUGGAUCGGGCUCCAUGACACGCACGAGGAAGGCAGCUGGAGAUGGGUCGACGACACCCCCGUCAACUACACGAACUUCAAUUCAGGUGACGGAACGGAUCAGCGAGGUGACGCUGACGUUGCCACAGUGUCGCCAGAACACACUACCAACUGCGUCGUGUUACGCAGCGGCACCGGCAAAUGGAAAGAUGUAUCUUGUCACUCGACUAAAGGCAGUAUCUGCGCGUUACCCCGUGGCGAGCCUUUGUGUCCGGACGGAGGGACCUUCUUCCGUGACCGGUGCUACUGGUACAACCUCGUCAAUAAUUGGGACAAUGCCAAUAGGGAUUGCGAAAACCGGUUCGGGAGCGGGGUGAAACUCGUCAUCGUUCGUGAUGCCGAGCUCAAUGCGUUUUUGUCCAGACACGUGCAUCCCACGGUGUGGCUGGGACUGCGUUACAAUCACGGCGACGAUACAUGGCGAUGGGUGGAUGGAAGUCCUCUGGAUCACAAUGGGUACGAGAGAUGGAGUGACGGAGAACUCGAAAACAUGCAAAACGGUCGAGACUGCGCAGUCCUGAACCACAACGAUGUGAACGGCGGACACUGGUCGCGAAGCUACUGCACGCCGUAUACACGCACUGUGUGUGCCUUGCAGACGUGCUACGACGGGCCAGGCGGUGGUUCCGGAGCCGGGAACGGCGAUACCGAUUCACCAGACGAGGAACCAAAUUGCUUGGACUUCGGAGACCAACCAAAGUGCUCCUGUGUUUCCAAUGCGCUCUGCAGGCUCACUGGAAAAUGUCAUUGCGAUCCGCUCUUCGAUGGCAUGAAGUGCGACAAAGACGAGUUGACGGUGACGAUCCACGCACCCAGACGCGUGGAACGCGGGGCCAACGUCACCAUGCGCUGUCACGUCAACCUGCCUUCCACCGACGUCACGGUAUUAUGGCGGAAGGUCAGCGGUACGGAGAUGCUCCCGGAGGGCAGGACCCGCUUGCAAGACCGACCCGAGGUAGGAGACUACGACCUCAUCAUUGAGAACCUACAGGAGAACGACACGGGGUCCUACGUGUGCGCUGCUACCACCGUGAUCGGGCAGAUCGGCGAAUCGGAGAUGGAUAGCACCUAUCUCCACGUAGCAGUGCCAGAUGUUCCAACGCCACUGACGCCAGGCAAGGUUUAUGAAGGAAACAACGAAGGAUUGUCUUCCAGGGAAACAGGGUUGAUCGUUGCAGUAGGGCUCCUCAGUGUCUGCUUCGUAUGUCUACUAAUUGCGUUCAUCGCAGUCCAGGUGCGCCAUGCCUUUACCCAGCGACACACCCGUCGCCCAAGCGACAUGCUGAUGUGAGUGCUAGACGCGAAGGAUACUUAAAUUUGAAGAGGAAUAUUAUUUGAAACUGGGGUAAAUAUUGGAAAGGGAAGAAUCAGAUUUCAUUUAGGCUACCAGAAAGUUGGUUUUUGCCAAAUAGGGACUUUAAUAAAAAAAAAAGAAGUAAAACAAAACAAUAAUGCCGAGAGGUUAAUGCUAUUUUAAAACGUUUAUGUUCCAAUU